CCUGCACAAACCUUUUUCAACCUGAUGUAACCGCAAGAGAAUGUGCAGGGCUUCAAAACGCUUGUCGGACGUGUUGAAUAGAAAAAUAACAAAGAGGAAUUUGUUGGUUGUUGCAAGUGUCAUCAGGGACGAGAGGAUCUGAAGUGUAGUCUCUCUAACCGGAGAUGGUUAGCUUCGGGAGGCAACAGCGCUGGUAAAGAUACAGUGCAUGGGUCGAGAUACUCUCACACACGUCAUUGGGUUUCCUCCUCGGUGGUUCUUCUGAGAACGACGAUCGAGGAAUGUUGCGAGGGCAGUUGCAUGUCGCAUGGGUAGGGCUCAUGUGACGUAUGAAACCUCAACAGGGCAGACUGUUUUUAUCUGGCGAAUCCCUCCGCCACAUUUCGUGCUCGCCCGUCGCCAGCCUUACGCGGCGAUACAAACCUCCUUGUGAUUCGUUACUACUGUCUAUUGGGUUCACUGUGAAAAGGUAUUUUUCCUCUUUGUGAUCCAUCUCGGAAAUGAUGAAAUUUUUGUAGUGCAACCUUUGACAAGCUACAGCACUGUGCGAGAAAUUGAGUCUUAUUACGAAUGCACUCCGGUAGUUAGUGAAGGACGACAACAGACGGCUUCAUGCUUCGGAAUACUGUUGAUUAUCUUCCUUGAUUUUUGCAUUCUAGUGGUUGUGACGGCCAGUUUCUUGAUCUGAGAUGCUCAACGUUCUAGAGGAGCGUAUUGGUAGCAACGUACUUGCAUUGCAGAUGUCACGAAUUUUUCAUACAGAUCUAUGGAAAAGGUGGCACUAAGAUUGCGGAAUUGAAAAUGGUUGCGACACGGAGGAGAGAAUCAGAAUGAGAACAGGCACUCUAAGGCGAAACGUGCAGCACCUUAGCAGGGCAUUCACGGCUAGCCGUUUUUCUUCUGUAAGCUACGAAGCCAACUUGAGAAGUGUGACCUUUCUUGCAUGGAGCAAGCUCGUGGAACAGUUAUGGAAAUCCAGCACAAUUUUAGGGCAGGGGAUAGGCCAAGGCACUUGCUCUCCUGCUGGAGAUAUCCGUGUGAGCUUCAAAAGAGGACGUGCCAGAUACUUUUGCAUCGUGUCUGGCCGAGUAUUUGAGGGUCAAUCUACUGUCCCCACGUCAAAUUCUGCUUAUGCUGGUGCAAUCAGUCGGAGACUGUGCUCCUUGAGUAACAACCAGUAUUCGAAGCUAUGUUUUGAACUGAUCCCUGGUAGUACACAAGUUUCGAAUCCUUCUAGCGGCGGGUCCGUCCGUUGGGACAUUUCAGAAAUGAUGAUUCCUUCCACUCUUCCUAGCCAAGGAAAGUCAGCCGAUCGAAACAGUGUACCACCAGAAAGGGAAGGGGAAGUUGAUGUGGGCGAAGAGAGGAUCAGGGUUACAAAAGUCAGGAAAAAGAAAGAUGACAAUAAGAUGAGAAUAGACGACGGAGGGAUUGAAUGGGGUCAGCAACAUGCUCGGGUUCGGGAGAAUGAAACGCGUCAACGGGAAGGUCUUUCGGCUAGUCCUCCCCUUAAACUUCAAAAAGAUGAUGUCUACAUCCCUGUGAAGGCUUGCUACAUCUCCAGAAGGUGAAUGUGCUUAUUCAUUAUGUGCUGAGACAGUACAACGUGCCACGCUCAUCAUCCCAAGAUGUCAAAUGAAGUGAUUAAACAUGUAUGAUAUGGUAAGGAUUUGCAGAAAUAAGUUGCUCAAAAGAAAGGUUCAUGGUGGCCUUUCAAUAUGGAUCUAUAGUCUUCUUCAAUUUUGGUGAUGAUGAAGAAGUGGAGACAUUGACUGCGGUACGCAAAUUCUGCACUGACGAGUUCCGAGAGACGAGAAAAGACGAUUACGGGGUGCUAGUGAGACCAACCCUACCUGAGUGGAGCGAGGGUGGGCAAGACCGAAUCACUCUCCGAAUGAUUGACACAGACAACAUCCGAGUGAUCUCUAGCAUUCUCGGUCAAAGCAUUGCGCUCGAUCACUACGCCAAGAAGGUGGAUGAGAUGGUCAACACAUUCAGCGAGCUAAAUCAAGGAAUGGAGAAGUCUGGCACGUUCACAAUGACUCGGAAAAGCCUGUUUCAGCUUGUGGCGGCUGCCAACACCACCCUCGCAGACGUUAUUCUUCGCUUGGGCCUCCUGGAGAGGUCAGAUGCUGCAUGGAAAGAUGCAAACUAUGCUCAGAUUUGGGAGUACUUGCGGGACGAUUUUGAGCUUGAUGAGCGGUUUGAAAGUUUGGACUUCAAGCUUAAUGUUAUACAGGUAAAAUCUUGUCCAUGUGUUUUUGUGGAAUCCUCCUAUCUGCAGUUAUACACUGAUUGAUUAUCCUCCUUUCAGGGGUUUGUGGCAAAAUACCAACUUUCGGUUACGCAUAACGAGCUGAUGUCCAUGCCGAAGCAUGUGUUUGUGUGGAUGUUGUUUCCAGCACAAUUUGCGAUUCUUCUUGGAGAUUCUACAAAACAAGAAGUCAGACACGCUUUAGUGGAUCAUCAUUCUUCUCAUAACAGGAGAGAUAUGCGUUGGUGUUUAUCAGAUCCUUUUGGAGACCAGUGUUCUUUAGUUGUUUAGACUAGAAUGAGCUCUUCAUGAAUGGGCAUAGACGUAUGAGGUUCUGCUUAACUCUUCUUCAAUGCAUCAGGAAAUCCGCCACGGAGGGUUUUUGGUGAAAUCAGUUGUCAUUUUGUGUUCUUCUACUUUGGAAGGCUCUCUGUCAUCCAAGCUUUACUAAAAGUUUGGGUUUAUAUUAGUGGACGACAAAGGAAGAGGAUGAAGAUGUGCCUAAGAGUGACUUGAUAGAGAAUUGGUGUGAAUCAAAGAUCAAGCACUAAAUCCAACGAAUUCAAGGACGUUUUAUAUUA